AUGGGAAAGAAUAACAAGAACCAGCAGAACUGGAAAAAUGGGGGUGAUGGAGGGGAGAGAGUUGAAGAGAAGAAUGAGGAAAAUAAAGGAGAAAAGAAGAAUAAUAGUAAAGAAGUUGUUCUUCAAGUUUACAUACAUUGCGAAGGAUGUGCUAAUAAGGUUUUCAAUUGUUUAAAGGGAUUUGAUGGUGUUGAAGAUAUUGUAAUUGAUAAUGCAAAUCAGAAAGUGAUUGUGAAAGGGAGAAAUGUGGAUCCAAUGAAGGUUUUAGGAAGACUUCAAAAGAAGUAUAGUAGAAAUGCAGAGUUGAUUUCUCCCAAACCAAAAGUAAAUGAUCCUAAAGACAAAAAACAAGUCCAAAAGAAAGAAGAGCCUAAGAUGAAAACUGUUGUGCUCAAAAUGCAUAUGCAUUGUGAAGGCUGUGCAUUUGAUAUCAAGAGAAAAAUAUCAAAGAUGGAAGGAAUCAUGUGUGUGGAACCAGAUAUGAAAACAUCAUCAUUGGUAAUAAAAGGAUUGUUUGAUGUACCAAAACUAGUAGAAAAGAUUACAAAAAGAUUGGGAAAACAUGUAGAGAUUGUGAAGCAAGAAUUUGAAGACAAAGGAAAAGGAAAGGAUCAACAAAAAGACACAGAACAAGAAAUUAAGGUUUAUCCACCUCAGUACCAUGUCCAAUAUAUUUAUCCUUCUCUGCUUCUGAGUGAUGAGAAUGUAUUUUCAUGUUCAAUUAUGUGAUUUGAAUUGUUUGUAAUGGGUUUAUGUUGAAGAACAACCUUUUUUUAAAAGAUUAAAUGUUUUUGAAUUCCUAAAUUAU